AUGAAAUUAUCAGUAAUUUCGCCAAUACUUUAUCGACUCGCUACAUAUAUAAAUGAUGAUUAUUGCAUCUUAAACAUUAAUAGUGCUGUUUUUGAAGUUCCAAUGCAUCUUGCAAUAAGUUUAUGCAAGAAAAUUCAACAAAUUUAUCUCACAGAUCAUUCAUGCCGUAAAUUUAGCUUUAUAUGCGAAUUAAUUAAUCAGAGUUCACUCGAUUUACUUAGUGUUUUAUUUAAAAAUGGCACUCUAAACCUUGAAAUUGAUGAUGAUACAUGCUAUGACUUAUAUUCAAUAGGUGACACUUUAGGAAUCGAUGAAUUAACAAUCCCAUACUUGGAUAAUUUUAGUGGAGACAAGCUUAACUUAAAAAAUGUUUUUCAAUUCUGCGAACUUCAUAAGAAAGUAUCAUUUCCUCAGAAAGAAAUGAAUUUGAUUAUUGAAAAUUUCUCGAAAUUUGAAAUACCAACACUUGCUCGUUUUUAUGAGAAAAAUAUCGAUUUACUUGAAUAUUCUUUGAAGUCAGAAGCUCUUAAGUUAAAUGAUGAGGAUCAGAUAGCUAAUCUUCUCAUAUGCUUAUCGAAACGUUCCUUAGAAUUUUUAAGAUUAUUUAAUUAUGUAUAUUUGGACUUUUGCAGUAAUGAAACAUUCUCGAAUUACGUCAAUUUUAUCGAAACUCUUAUUGAUGAGCCUAGGUUAAAGACUGCAUUCUCAUGUAUUACAAAAGCUAUUGAUAAAAAGCUAGAAACAAGUUUAGUUCCAAAAAGCAUUUAUGUAAAUAGCUUAGUUUACUCUCACAAUGUAAAAUAUAGUUCAAGUUCUACCGGAUCUUUGUCAGAUCCUGUAGAAUCUUUAGCUGAUUCAAAAAAUUCAAAUUUCUUUACAGCCAAUAUUCCAAACUCAUGGAUAACUGCAGAUUUGAAGGAAGGAUCUAUAAUUCCAACCUCUUACCGAAUCAAAUCAAGAGAUCAAUCGAAAUUAAACGUUAUGCAAUCGUGGAAAUUGGAAGGAAAAACAGCUGAUGGAAAACUCAUAACGUUGGAUGAGCAGAAAAAUAAUCCAAUAAAUGCAAAAGAAACAAAAGAAUUCAAAUUGGAAACUAAAGAGAAAUUCAUUGGUUUUGUAAUAACUCAAAUUGAUGCAAACACAAGCGGUAAGAAUUUCAUGUUCAUCAACGAGUUCGAUUUCAGUGGAGAAAUUUAUAAAUUAUAA